CGGAAAAUUAUGUUAAGGUUAGGAAAAGAGUUAAGGUUUGCGAAAUUCUUUCCUAACAUGCUACGAAAUUCACUUCCGGUGAAGUACCGUGUUUUAGGGAGUCCCGUGUUGGAACAACUUUUACAUGUCAAAGAGUUCCAGAGUAAAUGGUGAUUUAUGACUUGCCAAUGUUUCUUUACGCAUCGCAAAUGAAGAGCACUAAAUUCGGAUAAAUUCAUGGUACCCAUAUGGAUGGCCUAAUACAGACAAAAAAUACCACAAAACACUUUUCCUAAAGCCAAAGGUACCAAUCAUUCUCUCAACCGGUAAACUGGCUGUAACAUUUCCCGACGUUAAAAACACGCCUGGAUAGACUUUGGUCGGCCCCAUGGCUGUCGAGGCUACAGGACGUUUUUUCAUUUAUUAUUUUCUUCUUUGUGUACGUGAGACUCGGGUGUUAUGUAACCGCUCAAUCUCAGUUUCAAUCACACAAUGUUUCUCACGCGAAUAUCAGCGGGCGGUUCCAUAGUGAUAAGAGCUGCGGCACCGGACAAAGACGCUGGUUUUCCCCUCCAGUUGCAGAAGAGGGAACGUCCAGAUCUGGGGAAGGACCGAUCAUACCUCGCGUCAUGGGUAAGUCUCAACGCUCAGAAGACAGUGCUGAUUGUGUACGCCCAUCAGAGUGGGGGGUCCUUUAACUCGGCAGCGAAGGAUGUUGCCGUGGAAGCCCUCGGACAGCAGGGCUACAAGGUUGUUGUGUCUGACCUUUACGCCAUGAACUUCAGAGCCUCCGCCACAAUGGAGGAUAUCACAGGUGAGGUGAAGAACCCGGAGCACUUCAAGUACGGAGAGGAGACCAUGCAUGCCUGGAAGGAGGGUCGACUCAGUGAUGACAUCAUAGCUGAGCAUCGGAAAGUGGAGGCGGCGGAGCUCGUCAUCUUCCAGUUCCCUAUGUACUGGUUCAGCGUUCCAGCCAUCAUGAAGGGCUGGAUAGACAGAGUCCUGACUCAAGGCUUUGCCUUCUCGCUGCAGAAGAUGUACAACAAUGGAAUAUUCAAGGACAAGAAGGCCAUGUUGUCGUUCAGCACUGGGUCAAUGCAGACUAUGUACCGCCCUGACGGCCUCAACGGAGACAUUAACGUCACACUGUGGCCCCUACAGAACGGCGUGCUUCACUUCUGUGGGUUCCAGGUGCUAGCCCCCCAGGUGUUCUGGUGUCCGGGACACAGCCCCCCCGCGAAUCGGACAGCCAUGCUGGAUGGCUGGAGGGCCAGGCUGAAGACCUUGCUGGUCGAGCGACCCCUGACUUUUGCUCCCAGCGAGAUGUUUGACCUGACCUUCCCCGGGGGCUUCGUGCUGCGGCCGGAGGUCAGGGAGGAGCAGAGCACCCGCCCCCACGGCAUCACCACCGGACACCACCUGGGGAAACCCCUCCCCCCUGACAACCAGCUGAAGGCUGAUGACCCCUCCCCCCUGACAACCAGCUGAAGGCUGAUGACCCCUCCCCCCUGACAACCAGCUGAAUGCUGAUGAUCUCUCCCCCCUGACAACCAGCUGAAGGCUGAAGGCUGAUGACCCCUCCCCCCUGACAACCAGCUGAAGGCUGAUGACCCCUCCCCCCUGACAACCAGCUGAAGGCUGAUGACCCCUCCCCCCUGACAACCAGCUGAAGGCUGAUGACCCCUCCUCCCUGACAACCAGCUGAAGGCUGAUGACCCUUGGAUAAUGAUUUCUCCAAUAGAACCCAGAGAGUGUUCUUCAGUGGAAGCUUCUCUAACAUCAGAUAUGUAAAGUGCGGUGUCCCUCAGGGUAGUUCCUUUGGGCCAGUUACUCUUCUCUAUUUUUUACAAAUGAUUUGCCACUGGUCUUAAACACAAAGCUAGAAUGACUACAUAUGCAGAUGAUUUUAAUAAUAAAAACAUUCUCUAAGACCUAAACCUCAGCUAGAGUUGUGUAUAAAGGGUGUGACCAUUGAGCAAGUUGAGGAAGCUAAAUUCAUACUUAUAAACUGGGUGCUUCGAGCCCUGAAUGCUGAUUGGCUAACAGCCGUGGUAUACCACGGAUAUGACAAAACAUUUAUUUGGACUCCUCUAAUUACGUUGGUAACCAGUUUAUAAUAGCAAUAAGGCACCUCGGGGGGGUUUGUGGUAAAUGGCCAAUAUUCCACGGCUAAAGGCUGUAUCCAGGAACUACACGUUGCGUCGUGCUUAAGAACAGCCCUUAGCCGUUGUAAAUUGUCCAUAAAUCACAUCCCCCUCGCACCUUAUUGCUUAAGAAUAACAUAGGAUGGUCAGUUAUUAUGGUCAAGUCAAAUUGACAGAGUUGUUGUGAAGAUGGGGAGAGGUAUGUCUGUUAUAAAAAACAUCAAUAAACUGCACUAGUUGUUCAGACUCUG